AUGCCCGCUCGAGGGUUUCGAUGGCUGUGCCGCGCACUGGUGUGCAUGACGUCUGCGGCACUGGCACUCGCGCUGCUCAUCCCGGCGGCGUGUGGCUUCGUCGGUGCUGCUGCUGCGGCGCCGAUGACGGUGACGACGACCCCGUCGCUGCCGCUGCUCGACGUGCCGUUCCACGCGGACGUGGCGGGUAUCGGCAAGGGGCACAGUUUGUUUGUCUCCAGCCAGAGCGACUGCAGUGCUGCCUCGAAGGUGACGUCGGUGUGCACCCUUGGGAGCGCGGUGGAUGGCGUCAGCUUCGCGAAUGGGACGUGCGUGUUCCAUGUGACGAGCGAGGCGCUGGGUGUCGACUUGACGAGGCCCCGCCCCACGGUUCCUGCGCUGUACUGGUGCAGCAGCGCUCGUCCCGGCGCGUCGGUGGGCGCGCUGCAGAUGAACGUGAUGGGGAUGUCUCGACAGUUUGUGUUUGUCAGCGUGGAAACGACGGUACGCCUUAACGAGGCGACACCCAUCGGCACUACAAUCGGAUUUUACGUCAUCAGCACGUGCAUUACACCGUUGACGAUCCCCCGGUCCUUCACCAUCUCUGCUACACGCACUAUCACGCUCAGAGCAACAGGUGCAGUACCGAUGUACGUCUGCGCCACAAUUCCCACCGUGUCGGGGGCCAUGACAGCGCUGGCGCUUCGAGGAGUCGUCGCAGGCGCGCCAGUCUACGCUGUCCAGCCUUCUCGAGGGGUGCGCCAUCGCACCAUCAGCAUGACGACGACAACGGAUGGCGCUGCGAAGGUCGCACUUUCUCGGAAGAGUGACUGCGACACAUUGGCUCAGCCCGCACAGCUCGCAACGCUGAACGAGCACUUCAGCUUCCGCAUUACCGCCCCGGCUGGUGUGUACUACUUUUGCGCAGCCAAGGGUCUCAGCACUUUCACGCCGUCCACCAACACCUUCACGGUGGAGGAGUACGACGUGCAGCCGCACACGAUGUACGCGGCCCGCGAGACUCCGCUGACCUACGGCCUGAGUGCGGCUGGCCGUGACGCGGAGCUGGAGACGGCGCUGGCGACGACGACGGACUGCAUUGGAGGCUCGCUGGUGGUUCCUUGGGGAGCAUCGAUGUCGUGGGCGGUGGCAAAGGUGGGCACGUACUACGCGUGCGUUCGGGACCGCGGCGCGGCGAGCACUGCCGGGUACACGAGCGCGAUCACUGUGACGGACGUGCCGACGCUGACGUUCUCGCCGGAUGAAGUGGUUGGGGGGCUUCCGAUAACGGCGACACUCAAACAUCCCAACGCGACGACAGCGGAGUUUGAUGUGAUGCUCUCGAAUAAGUUCGACUGCGUCGACAUGUUCGCCAUCGUUCGAAAGCCCACCGGGACGGCGAUGGUCACACUGCCCACCGUCACGACGCUGCAGGGCGACGUUACCUACUGCGUCUCGAACCCGCGGGAGCCCAGAGAGGACUUCCAUACAGUGAGCUACGCGCUGGGCACACUGCGCACACGAGCGUACCGCGUCGGUCACAGAGCGUUGCGUGUCAACUCGACACUGAGUUUCGUCCUGGACAGCGAGGUGCUGCUUCCGAGGGGGACGUCUGUGGUGCUUGUGCCCGAAGCCGAUGGGAGUCCAUGCGCCGGCUCCAUGACCGCCGCAGCCGCCAUGGGUGAAGGAAGCGGCAUGAUGAUGUUCACCGUGUCCGGCGCAUCGGCGAUACUGUCGCCUGUGGUGUUCCCUACAGGGGGUUUGUGGCUCAUGUGUCUGCACUCCGGCGACGGGCGCCAGCUUCGAUACCUCGACCUGCGCAGGUUCUGGAUCUAUGGAACAACCGCGCAGCUUUCACAGGACCUCGUCCUCGCCAACGUCACAACACCGGUGCGUAUUUCCGGGCUUGAGUCGGAUCACGACGUCACCGUGACGUCCAGCAACACAUGCAGUCCAUCCACGGAGUGGGUUGCUAACGGUACAGCGAAGGGCGGCGUCGUGACGCUGAACGUGCAGUCAGCCUCGGCUGGGCCGCUGCUGGUGUGCUUCGCGUACCCUGCAGAAUCGGAGUCGUCAUUCACAGACAUGGAAGCGAACUACGCUCCCGUCGGCGAGUUUCAAAGCCUAGCCGCGCGCGUGUAUCCAAGCAUUGCGUACGUGAGCGAGACGACGACGCUGAGCUUCGCCGGGAUCGGCGGCAUGUCGCUGACGGGCUACUUCGCUUUCUUUCUGCCUCAUGCGACGUCGUGCAGCGAGCCCGACGCGACGGUUUUGGGCUCGGGACUGAAGGGGCCGGACGCGACGUCGACUGUGUCGUACGGGACGGUGAGUGGCAGCGCGCUGGAACGGGGAACCGUGUACCGCGUGUGCGUGGGGCGAUCCAUAGACGACGGCUACUGCGAUGCCGGCGUUGUCGCGGCGAUGGAGGUGCCGUCGGUGUCGACGGACCCGCCGGUGCCAGUGCGCGGGCUGCCCGUGCGGCUGCAGCUGCCGCCGAGCUUCACGAGUACUGCUGCUGUGACGUUUUACGUUGUGGUGGGCGACACGGCGAGGUGCAGCGGCGACCUGAGCGAGACCCGUGUGUACGGGAGCGGCUCUGUGGACCGUACGAGCGGCGCUACGGCUGCGUUCGUGGCGCCUGCGCGUGCGAGCGGCGUGGACGCCGUGCGCGUGUGCGUCGGGUCGAACGAGAGCCUCGUGUCGGACAGCCUGGGGUACACGCACGGCGCGACGCUGCGGCUGGAGCAGUUCCACACGUCGAUGGUGUACCUGCAGCGCGGCGUUCCGAACGUGCUGUCCGGGGCGCCGAUGGCCGCGACGGGGUCGCUGUACGUUGUCGCGUGCGACGGGAAGGAGUGCGCCGCUGACAACGCUGACGGCGUGUGCCGCGCGAAGAUGUCGCAGGGCGCGACGAGCUCUGCGACGGCUGCGCUGAAUGCGCCGCUGGGGCGGUACUUCCUGUGCCAGCGCGUGACGGUGGGCACGGUGGUGUCGAUGGUCGGCUCGAACACGACGGUGGAGGUGGUGGAGCCGUUUAAGAUGCACCUCUCCGUAGACCCCUCUGCCAUUCGCGCAUACGUGCCGUUCGCAGUGACCAUGUCGGGCGGCCCUGGCGGCGCGGGGGCGAAGUACACGGAUUACAGCCUCAAAGUACAGCCCGCGUCUGUCGUCUGUGGUGCCACGGCGUACGAGUCGCAGGAAAUCAUGGUGGAGGGCGGCAACGCGGAGGUUUCCAUCAAGAAUAUUAGGGCAGGCAAGCAGAUACGGUUUUGCACCUCCUCACCACUGCUGAGCAGCGUGAGCAUGCUGACGGGCACGCUGCAGCACUACAUGACGCCUGCAGCUGUGAUCGGCGACCGCGCGACGACGCUGACGUCUGGCGGUGUGAGGAGGGGCGCCGCGGCGGUGCUGUCGCGCACGGCGGACUGCCUCGGCGUCGUGGCUGGCGGCGGCGCUGCGCCGAUCGUGGACGCGAGGGUGACGUUCACUGUCACGUCGUGCGGCGCGAACGGUGCGCUGGCGUCGCUGUACUACUGCGAGGCUGCUAGCGGCGGUGCGUACGCGUCCCGCGGUGCGGUGGGACUGCUGCGCGCGAGUGGGUGCAGCGGCGGCGCGGAUGCGAGCAUUGCCGAGGUGGACGCGGCGCCUGGCGCUGCGAUCGGCAGCUUUGGGAUCGACACGGCGUACCUGGCGAGGCCGCGGCUGUCUGCGUCGCCGGACUGCGACGUGCUGCUGGACGCAGCCGUUGCGAGCGUUGGGUACGCGCCCGGGGCUGACGAGCGCGCUGCGUUCCACGUGUGCGCCGUGCUUGCGGGCGACGCGAGCGUGACGUUCACGACGGCGCGCCCGACGCUGCGCGUUGCGAACUGGGCCGUGUCGCCGACUGCUGCUGUGAGCCGGUACAACGCGACGCUUGGCGCUGCUGCUGCUACUGCGGUGCGCGUGAACUACGCGACGCCGUCGAGCGAGACGUUCCUGAGCACCGCGAGCGACUGCAGCGUGCGGACAGCGAGCGCUGCGGGGCUGAGCGGGGCGUCGAGGUCGGCGACGUACAGCACGACCGGCGUGCGCGGGCUUGUGUACGUGUGCACUGUUGCGCCGCUGAGCGGGAAGACGCUGGCGGUUGCGCAGUUCCUGUCCGUGACGCCGCCUGCUGUGCUGCGUGUGUCGCCGGCUGUUGUGCGCGGCGGCGAGUACAGCGCGACGCUUGUGGUGGACGGUGCGCCGCCGCUGUACUCGAUGGUGCCUGGCGCGGACAGCGGGUACACGCACAGCGGUUACUACACGAGCGCGAGCCGCGAGGUGUACCUGUCCGGGGACGCGUGCUCGGGCGUGCUUGCGGGGACGAGCGCGGCGACGGUGUCGUCGAGCGGGAGCGUGUCGCUUGCGACGGCGGGCGUUGCGGCGGGCGUGAGCUCUGUGUGGCUGUGCGCGGUGACGGCUGCGGGGCCCGCGGUUGUGCUGGCUGGCGUGGCUGUUGCGCCCGGCAGGGUGCACCCGACGACAAUGGUGUCGGGCGCACUGGGUGCGCCUGUCUUCAUACCGAGCCUGAAGGGCACGGCGGUGCAGCUGAGCGCGUCUGCGAGCGGGUGCGGGUCUGUUGCCGGGAUGCCGAGCUUCACAACGGAUGCGGAGGGCUACGGCGCUGUGGACCUUGUGGGCGGCGACGGCGGCGCGCUUGCGCCGGGCACGUACACGCUGUGCUACGGCGGUGCGCCGCGUGGCGGCGGCGGCGGUGCGGCGGCGCUGGAGUCGGUGGAGCUUGUGCGCGCGUCGUACUUCGACGUGCGCGGGACGACGUUUGUUGUGGGCGUGGCGGGCCGGAUGCCGCUGCUGCAGGACCUGACGGCUGAGGCGCUUGUGCCCGGGUUCAGCACCGCGCGCGACUGCACGUCUGUGUCGAGCGAGCACGGCGAGUGGGCUGCUGUGACGAGCACGUCUGUGUCUGUGACUGCGACGAGCGUGUACACUGCUGGGCUGUACCUGUGCGCGCGUGCGCCGGUGAACGGGACGCUUGUGGCGCUGCCCGGGCAGUGGUCUGAGGCGCGGAGCGUGCAGUUCGUUGCGUCUGCGAUGCAGCUGCCGUCUGCUGGGUGGGACGCGUGCACGACGUACACGCUGGGCCAGUGCUACCCGCCGGGCGCGAGCGCGAGCGGUGCGACGUCGGUGGUUGCUGUUGUGCACGGGGACUGCUGCAGCGAGUCGAGCCGGAGCGCGGUUGUCGGGGAGGCGAGCAUGGCGAGCGGGACGUGCGAGCUGACGCUGGACUACGACAAGGUGUCCGCGUACCCCGCGGGGUCGACGUACCACGUGUGUGUGUGGGACAGCGCGGACGACUCUGUGUGCACGACCGUGAGCGAGGCGCGCGUGAGCACGAACUGCACGCGCGGUGGCAGGGGGCUGAGCCGUGGCGCGGUGGCGGGGGUGGCGGUGGCGUGCAUUGUGUGUGGCGCUGUGGUGGGGUUGGCUGUGUUCGCGGUGUGGUACUGGUGUCUGAGCCGUGCGUCUCGUGGUGGCGCGGAGGCGGGAGAGGACAGCAAAAAGACGAGUGGGACGGAUGACGAUGUAUUGGCAAGCCGUAGCUGGUUGAGCUCCUCUACGGAAUAUGGGGACACGACGGUCAGCACCCCGGGUGGUUGUGCGUUUCCGGAGGAGGGCCACGAGCUGGGCGACGAGCUGCAGAGAUCGGGUGAUUCGGGACCUGUCUUUGGCGAUCAUCCCGUGAUGAGGAGUAUGUCACGCAGGCGCGAGUCUGGCUUGGAAAUGUCGGACAAGCUUUCGCUGAAGUCGGUAUCUGAGGUUCCGCUUGCGCCGCUGACGGUGAAGCGGGUAUCGCAGCUUAGGAGGGGAAGCGGCUCGUGUCGGUCAUCGAUGAAGCAGCAGAUUGAGACGUGGCGGCGUGCUUUACAACCCAUAUCAGCGUUAGAGGCGCAGCCAGCGGUGCUGCCCACCGCAUCGCCCCAGGAAGACCCCUCGAUUCCGCACAUUUACCGCGUGCUGCCGCCUGCGGCUGAGCCGAAGGCGCCGCCCAAGCCGCUACAACGGGCACCGCUGGCGGCAGCCGCAGAGUCGUCGCUGCUUUGUCCGCCGACAUCGAAGCCGUGGCCUCAGUCGGCAUCUCAGGCACCACUGCAGCAGAUGCCGCAACAUACCCGCCCAGCAGACGUGCAGAGCUGGCAGCCUCUGUCUCCUGAACGGCAGACGUCCGCGUCGACCCGGAGCCGAAACCCUCUGUUCUCUGUUUUCUCGCUCGAUCUCUCUCUGGAGAAGUCGGUGCCUUGGAUCUUGUCGGAGGGCGGCAGCAGCUCGGAGGAGGCGGUGGUGCCUCACGCGCAGUGCUCCCCGCGCGGUACGGCACCACCAUUUGAGGCCACAGGGCCGACGGCUCGGCACCUGCGAACUGUGCGUGAGCAGGACAGAUUUCUUCGGCGUAACUACGAGGAGGAUAUGCGACAGUGGCUGCAGAGUACGAUGAUGGCCCCCGAGGUGCAGGCCUACCUGGCGCAGCUCGCCGCCAACGCUCGCAGCAGUUCACCACAGCCACCACCACCGGUACCGCCGCAGGGGCCCGCCAACCGGGAAAAGACGCCGCCAGCCCCGAGAACUCAGAAACCUGUCCCCUUCGAGAAGGCGCGUGCAAUGCCGGCGCCACAGAGCACUGCGCCUGGUGUCGCGCGCACCAACGCCGCCGGUGCAGCACCGCCACGGCCUGCACAGCCGCCGCCGUGGCCGCUUCCAGAAGAGCGCCACCCGUCGCCCGGGCGUGGCUUCAAUUCCGUACAGUUCCCCGCCGCUGCUCGCAGUGACACCGUCUCCUUAGACGUAUCCUCUGACACCAACGGGCAGCUGCGACUGCCACAGUGCACACUAGCCACGGCGGCGGCGGAUGCGGCCCGGCUUACGCGAAAGCCCAGCAUGCCUCGGCUACCCCAGCCGCCGUCACAGUCAAGCGAAUAUCCGGUGAUGUACUCCGAUUACGGGCCGACUGGCAUCAUCGGCCCCGCGGUAAUGGCCGGCUGGCCUCGGCCCCUCAGUGCCGAAGGACAACGGUGA